AUGGCUAAUCAGGUGAAUGGUAAUGCGGUACAGUUAAAAGAAGAGGAAGAACCAAUGGAUACUUCCAGUGUAACUCACACAGAACACUACAAGACACUGAUAGAGGCAGGCCUCCCACAGAAGGUGGCAGAAAGACUUGAUGAAAUAUUUCAGACAGGAUUGGUAGCUUAUGUGGAUCUUGAUGAAAGAGCAAUUGAUGCUCUUAGGGAAUUUAAUGAAGAAGGAGCUCUAUCUGUACUACAACAGUUCAAGGAAAGCGACUUAUCACAUGUUCAGAACAAAAGUGCAUUUUUAUGUGGAGUUAUGAAGACCUACAGGCAAAGGGAGAAACAAGGAAGCAAGGUGCAAGAGUCUACAAAGGGACCUGAUGAAGCGAAGAUUAAGGCUUUGCUUGAGAGGACUGGUUAUACUCUGGAUGUAACCACAGGACAGAGGAAGUAUGGUGGUCCUCCACCAGACAGUGUGUACUCUGGCAUGCAACCUGGAAUUGGAACAGAAGUUUUUGUAGGAAAAAUACCAAGAGAUUUAUAUGAGGAUGAAUUGGUACCCCUUUUUGAAAAGGCUGGUCCCAUUUGGGACCUACGUCUUAUGAUGGAUCCACUGUCUGGUCAGAACAGAGGGUAUGCAUUUAUCACCUUCUGUGGAAAGGAAGCUGCACAGGAAGCUGUUAAACUGUGUGACAGCUAUGAAAUUCGCCCUGGCAAACACCUUGGAGUGUGCAUUUCUGUGGCAAACAACAGGCUUUUUGUUGGAUCAAUUCCAAAGAAUAAGACUAAAGAAAACAUUCUGGAAGAAUUCAGUAAAGUCACAGAGGGUUUGGUGGACGUUAUUCUCUAUCAUCAACCCGAUGACAAAAAGAAGAAUCGGGGGUUCUGCUUCCUUGAAUAUGAGGAUCACAAGUCAGCAGCACAAGCCAGACGCCGGCUGAUGAGUGGAAAAGUAAAAGUAUGGGGAAAUGUAGUUACAGUUGAAUGGGCUGACCCUGUGGAAGAACCAGACCCAGAAGUCAUGGCUAAGGUAAAAGUUUUAUUUGUGAGAAACUUGGCUACUACAGUGACAGAAGAAAUAUUGGAAAAGUCAUUUUCUGAAUUUGGAAAACUCGAAAGGGUGAAGAAGUUGAAAGAUUAUGCAUUUGUUCAUUUUGAAGAUAGAGGAGCCGCUGUUAAGGCCAUGGAUGAAAUGAAUGGCAAAGAAAUAGAAGGGGAAGAAAUUGAAAUAGUCUUAGCCAAGCCACCAGACAAGAAAAGAAAAGAACGUCAAGCUGCUAGACAGGCCUCCAGAAGCACUGCGUAUGAAGAUUAUUACUAUCACCCUCCUCCUCGCAUGCCACCUCCAAGUAGAGGUCGGGGUCGUGGUGGGGGGAGAGGUGGAUAUGGCUACCCUCCAGAUUACUAUGGCUAUGAAGAUUACUAUGAUGAUUACUAUGGUUAUGAUUAUCACGACUAUCGUGGAGGCUAUGAAGAUCCCUACUACGGCUAUGAUGAUGGCUAUGCAGUAAGAGGAAGAGGAGGAGGAAGGGGAGGGCGAGGUGCUCCACCACCACCAAGGGGGCGGGGAGCACCACCUCCAAGAGGUAGAACUGGCUAUUCACAGAGGGGGGCACCUUUGGGACCACCAAGAGGCUCUAGGGGUGGCAGAGGGGGUCCGUCACAACAGCAGAGAGGCCGUGGUUCCCGUGGCUCUCGGGGCAAUCGUGGGGGCAAUGUAGGUGGCAAGAGAAAGGCAGAUGGGUACAACCAACCUGAUUCCAAGCGCCGUCAGACCAACAACCAACAGAACUGGGGUUCUCAACCCAUCGCUCAGCAGCCGCUUCAACAAGGUGGUGACUAUACUGGUAACUAUGGUUACAAUAAUGACAACCAGGAAUUUUAUCAGGAUACUUAUGGGCAACAGUGGAAAUAG